AUGCUUGCAGACGCGGCUUCGGCAUGCGCGAGUUACGGCUUGUCUCUGCGCCCCGGGGAAACCAAGAUUUUGACGAACGUGCGGGCUAGGAAAGGGGUGGCGGGUGACAGUCACGUCAUGGUCAACGGGAUGCACAUUGAGCUGUUGACGCGCGACUCGGCCACCAAGUACCUAAGCAGGAAAAUAUGUUUUCAAUAUUCACAGAACGUGGAGUUGGACAACAGGAUGCGCUGCGCAUGGAGGAAGUUCUUUGUUUUCAAAGAUGAACUCACGAAUGCAAUUGUUCUACUUCGUUCGAGGCUGCAGCUGUUCGGCUCCGCGGUCACCCCGCGCGCACUAUACGGCGCAGCCUGCUGGAAGCUGACGGCCGACAUGGGGCGCAGGCUGUUGAAGAACCAACGACAAAUGCUACGCUUAGUGGUGGGUUCUGGGGGGUGGAGGAUAACGCACGAUCGUGAUAAUUCGACGUCGUGCAGUUCUGAUGGAGAGGACAAAGAGGAAGUUUUCGAGACAUGGGUAGAGUGGAUUCAACGUACAGCCCAGGAUAUCGAACAUCGUCUGGAGGACGCUGGGAUCACCGAUUGGAUUGCGCAGUACAGAGCCCGAAAAUGGAAAUUGGCAGGGAAGCUUCUGUCAAGCGACACACACAAGUGGUCUUACAAAGUGUUGAUGUGGAGCCCCGGCCGGGCCCAGAGCAAGAGAGACCGCAUCGGGCGCCCUGCGCGGAGGUGGGCCGACGGUUUCGCAGACACGUGCGGCCAUGAUUGGACAAGCGCGGCCUGGAACUCGAAGGAGUGGGCUGAGCUUGAAAGUCGUUUCACCUCGCACUGA